CUCUUUCGCGGUGCGGAGCUAGAGCGCGAGGCGCUAAGGGCGCGCGGGGUGGGCGUGCCGCCGCUGCUGCAAGCGUGCUCGGUCUCGCGCACUCGGCGUGACACUUCGCUCCACAUCCAGCCUCGCACUCUGGCUGCGGACGGUCGCCUUGCUUUGUUCCCCGCCGCGAAAAGGACCACAGAUGCGCCUGUACUUCCUGCUGUGCUUCGGGCCGCUGGUGUGGGGUCAGCAGACAGACAGCGCUGCUCAGGAUGAUCAUGAUGUCCUCUCGGCCCUGGCCGUGGACAUUGCUCCUCGCCGACUUUCGAGGCAGGUCAGAGACUUACUCAGUAAGGAAACUAAAGCGCUCAUCCAGGAACUGUCUGUGAAGACCACCAUUAUCUCACGCUAUGCCUUCACAGCCGUGUCCUGCACCAUGUUCAACAGGCAAUCUGUUGCCACAAAGGGAGUCUUCCAGAUGCAGAUCCCCGCCAGUGCAUUCGUCUCCAACUUUACCAUGAUUAUUGCAGGGCGAGUCUACCCCAGUCAGAUCAAAGCCAAGGAAAAGAAGGCAAAGCAGCAGAAUGGGAGCAGCAGUCAAACCCUGAAAGAGGAUCAAGAAGGAAGGGGCAGUGAACGUGAGGUGGAGACGUUUCGAGCAACAGCCAUGGUCCCUGGGCGGAAUAGGGCCGUGUUCCUGCUCACGUAUGAGGAGCUACUCACAAGGAGGCAUGGCCUAUAUGAACAUGUGACCAGUGUGCGUCCCCUUCAGCUUGUGGGGAGGCUGUCUGUCCAUGUCAUCAUUGUAGAGCAGUCACAGAUCACACACUUGGAGGUGCUUCCACUACGUAAUGGCCGGACUCCCACCAACAGCAGCAUGGCUGGCACCCAGGGUAAAGUCAUGCCUCCAAUUUCAACAGUGAUCCAACAGAAUAAGACCUUCUGCAAUAUCUCCUUCAGCCCCAACAUUGAGCAGCAGGCCACAAUUGCAACCAAUGGCAUCCUAGGAGACUUUAUUGUUCAGUAUGAUGUUGAGAGAGACCUGGGGAUUGGAGAAAUACAGGUCUUGAAUGGACAUUUUGUGCAUUACUUCGCUCCGAAGGAUCUUCCUGUGGUCCCAAAGAAUGUAGUUUUUGUGAUUGACACCAGUGCAUCCAUGAUGGGAACAAAAAUGAGACAGACAAAGGAAGCCCUCUUCACUAUCCUGAGGGACCUUCGACCAAAUGACCACUUCAACUUUGUGAGCUUCUCCAGUCGGAUGAAGGUGUGGCAGCCUGACAAGCUCGUGCCAGUCACUCCAAACAACAUCCGAGAUGCCAAGAAGUUCAUCUAUCUGCUCUCUCCCUCUGGAGCUACGAAUAUCAACUUGGCCAUAAAAACAGGGUCCUCAUUACUAAGCAGCCAUCUCUCCAGCGAAGACCUGCAUCACAACAGUGUAUCGCUACUCAUCUUCUUAACGGAUGGACGGCCCACCGUAGAUGAAGUUAGGCCUUCCAGGAUCCUCAGUAAUGCCCGGUCGGCGGUGCAGGAGCAGUUCUGUGUCUUCACCGUUGGCUUAGGUGACGAUGUAGACUACCAUCUGCUCGAGCGGCUGGCACUUGAAAACUGUGGAACGAUGCGACGUAUUCCAGAGGAGGCAGAUGCCAGUGCCAUGCUCAAGGGCUUCUAUGAUGAGAUUGGCACACCGCUCCUGUCAGACAUUCGGUUUGCGUAUAGCGAGGACGCCGUGGAAUAUGUCACCGAGCACCUAUUCAGCCACUACUUCAAUGGCUCGGAGAUUGUGAUUGCGGGAAAACUGACCAAUCAGAGUGCAGAGUCCUUGCAUGUACAGGUGACAGCUAGUAACAGCAAUAGGAGUGUGCUGCUGGAGUCGGACGUGAUGCUGCGGGAGCGUGAGCAAGAGACAAAGCAACACAUGGAGGCAGCUGGCCUUGGGCCCCUUGGUGAUGGAUAUACAGAGCGGGUGUUUGGCUUCCUGAGUGUCAAGGACAGCCUGAAGUCAGUUCUCCGCAGCCAGAGCAGCCGAGAAAGGGAGGAGUCCACUCAACAGGCCACUAACCUGUCACUCAGCUUCAAUUUCUUCACCCCAGUGACCACCAUGGCUGUGGAAACACCCAUUGUGCAGGUACAUGAGGAAACAUCAGACAGAACUACUGUUCCAUCGGCAGAAACACCCACCCAGAGCCCCCUCAGUGAUGCUACGUCAUUAGGCAACGCUGUAAAGAAACCCACUGAGAAAUUGAUCAAAAUCUCCAAGACUUCAGCGGAUGGUGAUCCCCACUUUGUGGUGGAAUUCCCUCUCAGCAAGCUGACAAUGUGCUUCAACAUCAAUGGAGAGCCAGGACAUAUAUUAAGGCUAGUGUCUGACCACGAGUACUCGGGGGUGACAGUGAAUGGUAUGCUGAUUGGGGCACCAGCACCAUCUGGGGCCCACAAACAACAACGGACCUACUUCAGCACCAUUGCUGUGGUGGUGGACCGGCCCAGGCAUGCCUAUAUAGAGGUCACACCACAUAAAGUCAUCUUGGAUGGUACAGAGCGACUGGUGCUGUCCAGUAAUACCACAGUUACAAAGGAAAUUAAAGGGCUGUCACUGACUAUCAUGGAACGAUCUAAUGUUACCAUCACUAUCCAGGGAACCAUCACUUUUGUGAUUUUAAUUCACUUGUACAAGAACCCAGCUCCAUUCCAACGGGAUCAUUUGGGCUUCUACAUCUCAAACAGCAAAGGCCUGUCGGAAAAUUGUCAUGGAUUACUAGGCCAAUUUUUGUAUCAGGAGGUGAGCCUCACACAGAUGUCUGAAAAUGUUUCAUAUCCCAUUAAAAAUACAGACCCUAAAGCUCCAACAAGGACUUCCCCAUCUGAGAUGCCAAAAAAUAACACUUUGGGUCUUCCAAAGUCCGAAAAUGUCAGACGUCAGAGUAAAAUUGCACAGGAAAUAAUUCCUACAAGGACUGCCCAACUCAAUUCCAUAACAAUAACUUUGCAAUCUGAACUCCCAAAAAAUACCACACAUCUGGAGCUCCCAACAAACUUCACACAGGCCAACGUCCUAACAAAAACAAAACAGCAUGAUACCAUUACAAAGACCAAACAGACUGUUUCUAAAAAGGCUGUGCAACUCAUUGUCCCAACAAAAACCUCACGCUUUAAGCGUGAGACAAGACCAACUACAGGCGCAUCAAAUGUCACUGAGCACCAGAGAUUUGAAAAUGUGACACAGGCCAAGGUGUCAAAAGGAAUAAUGCAACCCAAGAUAACUGAAAUUUUCCAGUCUAAUAUUCAGAAAAACAUCCAAAAUCCUAACAUUUCAAGAAACAUCACACAACCUGACAUUGCAAUGGAGACCUCACCCUCGAGUGUUCUGACAGAUACUACGCAGCCCAUAAUUCAGAAAUGGAACACAGAAUCUGAUGUUCCAGCAAAGACCAUGCAGUCCAAGAUUCUGACAAAGACCAUGGAGCAAAAAGUUCUAACAGAAAGCACAGAGCCCAGGAUCUUGACAAAGACUACUCAUCCUGAGAUUCCAAAUGACAGACAAGUCAAUAUUCUGACAAAUAGUACACAGCCUAGUCUUCCAAAGAGUGUACAGUUCAAUGUUGAGACAAAGAGUAAGAAUAUUCCAAAAAAGAGCAUACAGCCUGAUGCUCAGACAAAGAACACUCAACUCAAGAUUCUGAAAAAAAGUGUGCUGCCCACAGUUCUGAAAAACGACACACAGUCCGAUGUUCCAAAGACCAUGAAGCCAAGUGUUCCAACAAAGAGCAUGCAGCCCAGUGAUAUGACAAAAAUUACGCUGCCCACCUAUCAAAAAAAUAAUACAUGGUCUGAUAUUCCAAAAGAAAACAUGCAGUCCAAAGAUCUGACACAGAACAUACAGACAAAUGUCUCCAAAAAGACCCCAGCGCUCAACAUUCUGACAAAGACUACACAACCCAUGGUUCUGAAAAACAACACACAGUCUGAGGUUCCAACAAAGACCAUGCAGCCCAGUAUUCCGACAAAGAGUAUGCAGCUCAAUGUUCCAAUGAAGACUACGCAAUUCAACAUUCUUGCAAGGACUAUGCAGCCCACAUUUCUGAAUAACACACAGUCCAAUGUUCCAACAAAGACUAUGGAACUCAACAUUCCAAAAAACAACAUGCAGUCUGAUGUUCCAGCUAGAACCAUACAGCCCAAGGAUCUAACACAGAACAUGCAGGAAAAUGGCUCAAAAAAGAUCUCAGAACUCAACCUUCUGGCAAAGACAACACAGCCCACGGUUCUAAAAAACAAACAGCCAGAUGUUGCAAAAAAAACCAUGCAGCCCAAAGAUCUGAUGCAGAACAUGCAGACUAAUGUCUCCCAAAAGACAUUACAAAAGCUCAACAUUCUGCCAAAGACUGUGGUUCUGAUAAACACCACACAGUUCAACGUUUCAGCAAAGAUAACAAAACCCACUGUUCUGGUAAAGAACACAGUCUCCAAUGCUCCAAAAAAUUCCAGUGUUCAGGCAAAGACUAUGCAACCCAUGGUUCUGAAAAAUAACACACAGCCUAAUGUUCUAAAGACCACACACCCAAAAUUUCCGAAAAAAAGCAUGCAGCCCAGUCUUGAAGCAAAGAUCACGCAGCACAGUGUUCUGGUGACAAAUACCGUGCAGCACAGCAUUCUAAAUAAGAAUGUACAGCCUUUGGUUCACAAAAACACAGAGUCUGAUAUUCAAACAAAGAGUACUCAGCCCAGUUUUCCAAAAAAGAGUGCAGAGUCUAGUGUUCAGACAAAGAACAAACAUCCAAAUGUUUUAAUAAACAGUGUACAGGUCAGAAUUUUGAGCAACAACACACAGACCAAUGUUUCAACAAACAACAUGCAGUCUACUAUUGCAAAUGAUAUUCUGCAUCCCAAGGUUCAAAGAAAUGCCACAAAGUCAGAGGUUUCAACAAUUACUGUGCAUCCCAGGGUUUCAAGAAACACUACAGAACCUGAGGCUCAGCAAAAUUGUGAAACUAUUCAGCAUAUGGAUCCAUUAAACAUCACAAGGGCCAAAGCAUUACUAGCCCCUAUGGAAAAUGUGCAGCCAGAGAGUGUGGAGCCCAAUGUCACACAAUACAAGGUUCUGAUGAAGUCUACACAGUCUGACUUCCUAGUAAAUGUCUCAUUGCCCAGAGUGGCCAUAGUGCCUGCUAUCACAGAGCAUGCUGUCCAGCCUCUCCUCUUCCCUAGCCUGAAGAUCAAGGGGCGAAUAAUUUCUGUGACACAGAAAACCAGGAAAAUCUAUGGUGGAAAAGAAAUGGUGGAGUGCUGGUUUGUAAAAAACAGUGCUACCAAACUCAUUGAUGGUCAAUAUGAAGACUAUGUGGUACCACACCUUUCUGACACAAAUGAUAAACCCCAUGGAAGCAACAGAGCCUAAAAUUCAACGUCUCAGAAUUCCUGGAUGUAUUUUUUUAGCCCUUUAGAUCUGAUCCAGUUCCAGAUUCUGUUUGUGAGAAAGGUUUUUGUGUAUGUAUUCUCAAUUUAUCACACAAUUUAACUUUUUAUAUAAAAAACAUACUUUAUGAUGCACAAGUAAACUUCUUUAGGUCAGCAUUCAUUGUUACCGCCUUUCUAGAUAGUGGUAGCAAUAAACAUAUUACAAGUGAAAGUAUCUUACUUUACCUGAGUUAUUACUGUAAAGCAGAAUAUUCCCCUUUGAAUUGUCAGGGAAUAUUGAUUACUUAAAGAUUUAGAAACUAACAAA